AGUCCUCUAGGGUUUCUCCCCCACCGUUUCUGAAUCUCUCAUCUUUCGUCUCCGGCGACGAGCAGUAGCAAUGGCUAAGAGGACCAAGAAGGCUGGUAUUGUGGGCAAAUAUGGAACCCGUUAUGGUGCUAGUCUUCGGAAGCAAAUUAAAAAGAUGGAGAUUAGCCAGCAUAUGAAGUACGACUGUGAGUUUUGUGGGAAGUGUGCAGUGAAGAGAAAGGCUGUCGGUAUAUGGGGAUGCAAGGAUUGUGGCAAAGUCAAGGCAGGAGGGGCAUAUAUCUUGAACACUUCUAGUUCAGUGACAGUCAGAAGCACGAUCAGAAGACUCAGGGAGCAGACCGAGAACUAAGUUACAUGACCUGUUCCUUAUCUUGGUUCUGAUAUUUAUCUAUGUUUUGGUAUUGGAUUUGUACUGUUAGUUUUCUAUUUCGAUUACGUCUUUGUGGUAUUCAGACUAUUUUGUUAACAUUCCCUUGUAAGGUUGAACUUGUUUUACAUUCGUGACAACUUUUGUUGGUUUUGACGCCCUCUGUUUGGUUCCCUUCUCCCCAUUGAGCCGUGCUAGUUACCUUU